ACAAGGUGACGCUGUAUGCAUGUGUUGUGAGGAGUCACACAUUUCCCAUUUCCUAGGACAAAAGGAAGCACGGAACAUUAGCCUUGAAAUUGCUUUCAAUCUGUUUUUCAAAGAGUUGCCUGUUGCAAUCGGCGCUUCCGCAGCUCUACUGCCAAUUGCUCGUAAUGGAGGUGUUGUUUAUAACUAUUAUUUGAAGUCACGAGAUUGUAUCGAAUUCUUUAUUCUCGGUUGACGUUCAUGAAGCUGCCGAAACAUUAAAUCGCUUUUGUUGUGAUGCUCUUUAAGCGUUAUGAAUCAUUGAAUCUUGAAAAGAAGUAGCAUUGCAUAACUGCAUUAUGAGUGCAUUAUCAAGAGAACGAUUCGAAGCGACUGGACCGGCCAUUAUGGAGAGUUUGGACAGCAUAAGCAUUUGCAAUAGGGAAGUGCAUCGUUCCAACAACAAUACAAUUUCUUCGAACGGAUUGCAAACACCAUGCCACACUUAUCGAUCGAAAAGUUUCUUAUUGAUCGAUGAACAAGAAAAUCUUAUGGUUUCUAAUGCAGAACAGUUUGUGAAAAAAUUGAAUUGUGACCAGAGGGAUUUGAAAGUAAAGGUGGUAUCUAUUUUUGGAAAUACAGGUGAUGGAAAGAGUCAUACGUUGAAUCAGACAUUUUUCAGAGGGGAAGAAGUGUUUAAAACCUCAAAUGAUCAGAACUCUUGUACGUUAGGUGUCUGGGCUGCAUUUGAUCCAGCCCUUAAAGUGAUUUGUUUAGAUACAGAAGGUUUGCUAGGUAUUUCAACUUACAAAAAUGACCAAACGAGGUUACUGCUUAAAGUUUUUGCUGUAUCUGAUAUCGUACUGUACAGAACACCGAUUGAAAGACUGAAUAGGAACUUUUUCACAUUUCUUGGUGCUGUCUCUAAAGCGUAUAAUCAUUAUUUUAAAACUGCUUUGCAACCAAUAGGACAGAGAGAAGGUGUUGUAAACUCCUUAAAAACAUGGGGACCAAGUAUUAUAGUACUACAUGAAACUAGAUACACCAAGCCUCUGGCUUAUGAUGGGACAGAAACUGCGGAAGACAUUCUUAAAAAACGAUUUGCCGAACUGAAGCUGAAAACAGAAGCUUUCAGUUCUGUGAAAUACGUUGGUCUGCAAACGACGAAUUUCAUAGCUGAUUAUGAGCCAUUGUACGCUGCUAUAAAAAAAGAAUUGAAUAACUCAACCGUUCGAUACGGCAGGCAUCCAAAUUUAGUUUACAAUACGUUAAAGAUUUUGAACGACAAACUUUCCGAGGAAAUCAGCGACUACUCCAAAUGUUUAUUAUCUGAUCAAUGUUUUACUUGCCCCGUUAAGUGUCUCAGCUGUGAGUGUAGAUGCGCUAACAGCAUGGGUCAUCUUCGAGAGGGAAUACCACACAAUAGCGACUCUAGGUGUCGAUAUCAACAUCAGUAUGAAAAUCUAGUAUAUGUAUGUAAAAAAUGUCACAGUAAUGGAAACGAAGUGCGAGUCACGAAACGUAUCCAAACACAAACUGAUAAUAGUUGGUAUGGUUUAGUUAGUUAUGCUUGGGCAGGGGAUGUGAUAGAGUGCCCCUAUUGUGGAGAGGUCUAUAGAAGUCGACAGUAUUGGUAUGGCAAUAAAGACCCAAAAGAAGAAUUCGCCGGGCGCACGGAAAUUAGACAUGUGUGGGAUAUGGCAAAUCAUUCUGUAAGUUUACAGAACACAGCGCAAAAGGUAAUUGAUGGUGUGUCGUACAUUAGCGGAGCUGUGAGUAACGUUUCGUUACAACCGACGAAAGCUUUGUCCGCAUGGGUUGCUGAUCAAGUAGCACCAUCAUACUGGAGACCUAACAACGAGAUCAAGUGUUGUCAUAACUGUAAAAUCGUGUUCGGAUCAACGGAUACGAAGCAUCAUUGUCGAGCAUGCGGCGAAGGUUUCUGUUCACCCUGUUCGUCCAAAAGAAAAAGUGUUCCGCAUAGAAACUGGCACACGCCGGUCCGUGUCUGUGAUAACUGUUAUGCUAAAGAUACUACUUGUAAUGAUGAAGUUUCGAAUACGACAGACGACGUGAGCGCUAGAAAGGUCUCAGAACACGUUGUCUCUACCCUAAGCGCAGUAGGAACAGUUAUAAACUAUUCGAAAUCGCUUAUAAAGGACAGCGUCCGACCAUUAUAUUGGACACCCGAUUCGGAAGUGAUCAGUUGUUGUAUAUGCGAUAAAAAAUUUUCUGUCUCCAUUCCGUUGCAUCACUGCAGAGAUUGUGGACGUGGAGUAUGUCAAGACUGUUCGCAAAAUAGCAAACCUGUACCCUAUAGGGGAUGGGAAAAACCGGUUCGCAUUUGUGACUUUUGCGUAAACAAAAAGGUGGAUUAAGUUGAAGUUACAUAAGAAGAUAAAACAAAAACAAAUUCUUUAGAAUUCUCAUCUCUCAUCAACUCAUUUGCGCCGUAAACGAUGACUUGUAUCAAUUGGUUAUCGAAUUCCAAGCCAUCGAAAAAAUUGAACUGAAAUGCAAUAUUUAUUUACUUUAUUGUAAAGAGUUUUUCCUAUGAUUGUGCCAUGUAAAUAUACAAUAUUUACCUACGCUGCGAAAAAACCACGUUUACGAAAGCAAAUCAUCACGUUUCUAAUAUUUCACACACAGUAUAAAGUAUAUGGUGAAGUAUAUUGUAGCAGUAUGUAUGAAUGGAAUUAUAAUGUAUGAAGCGAAGAUUAUUCGAUGGAGUGAGACGAAUUUUGUUAUCGGUGUCAUUUAGAUGUCUUUCUAGCUCCCAUAAAAAAAUUAAUCAGAUUUUCUGUUAUAAUUUUCAGUAUCUAUAAUCAGUACUAGGCAACGUAAGAGAAAAGAAAUCUACUUUUUAUCUAAAUACUGUACACUACGACGAUUGAGAAAAAGUGCAAUAAAAUUCUAGACGCUUGAA